AUGAUGCAACGAAGUGGUGUAGCUGGUGACAUGAGCGUAACAUUAGAUGACGCUAAAAGGCGGCAAGGAGAUGAACGUCUGGUGUUGGAAUCCGUAUAUGGUGAAGACUUCGUUGAUGCUGCCCAAAAUGUUUGGAAGAUAUGGCAACCACUUAAUGUCAUCCUGCACCUGAAACCUAUUGGAUCAGGUAGCAGUACCAGCGGCAAAAUCUAUGUCUCAUUAGAUCUUCACGUAAAAUGUCCAAAAACGUAUCCAUUAUCUGGGACACCGUUACUUACGCUAGAAAAUGUGAAAGGCAUUUCACUGAAAGAUGUCGACAAAAUUAAGCAGAUAUUAGACAAUAAAGCAGCAUCACUGAAAGGAAACGAAAUUAUUCUAGAGUUGUGUCAGAUAAUUCAAGAAUUUUUGUAUGAACGAAAUAAACCUCCGGAAGGAUCUUUUUUCGACGGCAUGUUACAGCAACAUGCAGCAGUCGAACAUGAACGGAAGCGGCAGCAAGUUAGGUCGGAACAACGUGAUCGCGAUGAUGUUGUGGCAUUUCAAAAAAUGCAUGAAGAAAAAUUAAUGUGGCGAAAGGCGGAAGAAACUGAACCCACGGCAGUAAUUGAUGAUAGUUUAUGCAGAACUUUCUCCUGUAUCGAUGGUAUACAAAGGAGGUUGACCAAAAAUACAAAUAAUUUCAAAAGACGGCCAGACAUUAGUCCAUUUUGUCAAGAAUGGUCAGCUGUGGAUUGUAUCACGGGUCAUGAAAUUUUUAUUAUGGAAUGGACAUUUGUGGCGAAGGCCAAACCGCCUCUAUCAUCGCUUAAACCUUUUAUCGCUUAUUUCGAACAGUUGGAAAGGAAAUUACAAGAAAUUUCAAAAAUUUCUGUUACUGAGCCAGCACUAUACAGUUAUGAAUUGCUUUGUGUGCAGAAGAAUAAAUUGACAGUUUCAGAAGUCAAUGCUUCUAUUGUAAUUGGCCAAAAUAUCAAUGGAAAUGACCGAAAUUUAUCAUUUCAGUUCGAUGUUUUCGAAACCGAUAAAACACUUUUAGUUCGCCUUGCUGUCCAACUUUUAGAUGGUUUGCGAUUUCUACAUGAAAGGAACUUGGGACAUUUUGCUCUUGAUCCGACGUCUAUAUGGAUCACUAGAAAACGGAAUUUUCGUUUGUCUGAUUAUUACUUGAACAAUUGCGAACAGUGCAAAUUUUUCUUUAAAUCUCAACAGCUUCAUAGAGGCUUGCAGGAAUACGAGAAUCUUGAAAAACUUAAUGGAACACACCUUUUUACAUCGGGGUAUUCAUCAGUUUCAGAAAAAAAUGAUUUGUCCCAGCCUUUGGUUGAUGAUGAAAAAAAGGAAUUCCAGCAAAUUGCACACAGUAGACUCCGAAACGAAUUUGUUUUUAUCGAAAUGUUGGGGAAAGGCGGUUUUGGUGAUGUCAUGUUGGCGAAAAAUAAGUUGGAUGGUAAUGAUUAUGCGAUCAAAAGGAUAACCUUAGAUCCCAAAGAUGAACGAUUCAAUCGGAAAGUUACACGCGAAGCAAAGCUGUUUUCGAAAUUAAACCAUCCAAACGUUGUUCGUUACUACAGUGCUUGGAUUGAGCAAGCUUCUGUCGCUGCAAGAGAAACUAGACCGGAAGAUAAUGAUGGUGAAAUGAGUGUUGAUAACGAUCAAAAAGAAAAAACCGAAGAUUUGAUGUCUCUGCAAAUAAAGAAUAUUGAAAAAAUGGCAAAACGUAUAGCUAUAGAUGCGACAGCUGAAUGGUCGACGUCGUUCCAAAUGACUUCUGUAUAUGAACCGGAUUCUGUUUCUCAAGAGCAACACAAAGAGCCUGUACAAACACUAUUCUCUCCCGCUGGUCUCAGUACUGUCGAAAGCUCAGAUUUUGAAGUGCUUUUUGAAGACAAAUGCGACAAUGAGGAUUCGAGUAAUGAAAACGAUGCUAGCAUGCAAGCAACCUCAACAUCACCACCUGAAACAGCAACGGAAAAUUCAUCAUAUUCCGUUAUGGUUAUGGAUGCUCGGAUUUCGGAUUUUGGUUACAUUUGUAUGAAUAUCUUAAUAGAUGGAAGCGAUCAUGCUAAAAUUGGUGAUUUUGGUCUUGCAACUUUCGAUAUUAUGUCGAAAAAUCCAUCUUCUUUGAAUGAAUAUGAUAUUAAUUUUUCUAUGACCAAGGAUAUUGGUACAGCUCUUUAUAUUGCACCGGAAUUACUCUCAACGGCUAAUGAAAACAUCGAUUACACAACCAAAAUCGACGUGUAUAGUCUUGGCAUAGUUUUAUUUGAAAUGUUCUAUCGACCCCUUCUACCAGGAAUGGAACGAAUAGCAAUAAUAAAAAAUCUGCGCGGCUCUGUUCAUUUCCCCUCUGAUUUCGGGAUUGGCAUAUUAGAGAUACACCAAAAAGCUGUCAAGAAAUUGAUCAAAUGGAUGCUGGAAAUUAAGCCAGAUGAUCGGCCUUCGGUACAGAUGCUUCUGGACAGUGAUCGUAUUCCAGUAGCAGAAAUUGAAGAAAAUGAUUUCCAAAAGGUGAUUUUUGUAAUACUUAAUGAUUGUCUUGCUAUACGUUUCCAGAAAAUGUUUUGUCAAACUAUUCGAAGUGGUGGACGUUUGCAUCAUUGGUUGAUUGAUACUUUGAUAGCUAAUCCGGUAUUACCAGCGGCAGAUUAUCUUUAUGAUCGAGUCAUAUGUUCAGCUGAUAAGUUGAGUUUACCACGAUUGUGUGCUAUCGAAUAUUUACGCAAUAAAUUAUGUCAUAUAUGUUCAACGCAUGCUUUUAUUCCAUUUGAUGUACAUUCUAUUAUACCGUUCAGUACCAAAAAUACAGCUGAAACGACAAAUUCAAAAUCACGUGCAUGUCGAUUGAUUGAUGAAAAUGGAAUUACAGUAAUGUUACCGUAUGACUUACGACGAGCUUUUGCACGUUAUUGCGUUCGCAACGGGGUAAAUCGUUUGAAAAGAUAUGGUUGUGGUAAAGUAUUUGGGCGUCCUGAUGCUCUUGUUAGCAUGCAUCCUGUUGAGCGUAUCGAGUUCGCCAUUGAUGCUGUGGGUCCGGUAAGUUCAUCUCAAAUGCUUACGGCCGAUAUACUUUGCAUUACGGUCGAGACAGUUCAUCAACUUGAUUGUAUAUCGUUGUAUAAAUGGGAAAUCCGGUUAGGACAUCGGGAUUUAGUUGUUGCCACUGCUCUUUAUCUCGGUUUCGGUGAUUUCAACACACAGAACAAAAUAUUGAAUAUUCUUUAUGCGAUUGCAACAUCAAAUAAAACGUUUACUCAUGAACAAAAAAUCGAGAGACUUCGAGUCGGUACCGAAAUGUCGUUCAAUCAAGCAAAUUCACUACUGAAUAUUCUGGAAGGCGACAACUGCACAUUAGAGGCUUUAACGGCAAGAGCGGAAUGUCUGGUAAACUGCCGUGAUGGUCGUGUUCAAAAGCAUGCCAAGAGGGCGUUAAGUGACCUCACAAAUUUAGCCGUACUGUUAGAAUAUUUCGUUGAUAAUAUGAAUGAACACAUCUUAUUCGAUGGCACUCUCUGUUAUCGGCCGCAUACAUACUGCAGUGGUCUCAUGUUUCAACUCCGAGUACUCUUCCACCAUAGACAAACAACGCGACCUAUCAUUAUUGGUGCUGGCGGUCGGUACGAUACUUUGCUAGAAGACGAGCGUCAUGCACACGAUCUAAUUCCUCCCAGUCCACUGUGUGCGGUUGGAUGCAGUAUCUCGCUCGAUAUUCUUGCCCAGUUUUGCUGUAUAAAUAAACAAGAUUUUGGAUCGAUUUGUGGCAAAACAUUAGUUUGUUCAAUCUCUGAUCAAUUCCUGAAAACAACUGCAAAUUUGGCGAAACAUAUGUGGUCACGCGGAAUCCAAGCUGAUAUUUUGCAUAGCCCGAUUGCUCCAUUGCGGAUAACGGAACUUGAUGUAAUGUUCAUUCAAAUUCUUGGCAUUUUUAACGAGAUGAAUAUCAAGAUACUGCUGGUGGUGUGCGGAGAUGAUGAAGUGUUAGUUCGCGUUGAUGGAAUUGACUUGGGAAAGCUUACAUUCGAUGAAAUUUUAAACAAGUUUGAGACUCAUCAAAAUGGUGUAUCUUUUUUGGAAGCAUUUCCACAUGUACUAAAUACCAAUUCGCCUGUAAGACACUCGGUCAAUACACUACCAAUAGCUGCUACUCUUGCUAACCUCAACGUAAGAUAUGCUUUAAGCGAAAAGCCGGCAAUUCAUAUCCGAAAAAGAAAUGAGACUCAAAUUCGUGCUUGUUUACAAAAAGUGGUUACUGCACUGGCGCCUCAGACAGUGAUUGAAGUGAUCGUCACGGAAAUCUCAGUGGAUGCAAUUCGUCUGCUUUCAACACUUAUCGAUCGUAGCUUCACAGUAGACGAACUUUCGAGUGCUUUCGCAACUGCUAUAAAACAACUAAACAAGUUUAAGCGGGACUUUAAACGGAUAGAGGAAAUGAUUGAACCAUUCUUUCAAGCCAAAAAUACCUCACCCAUUGUACUAUACUCGAAACAAGAUUGUAAUGGCUAUUACAAAUUAAUACUUUAG